AUGGCAACAGAAUUCCAGGGUAUGUGUCGGCGCUCGGGCUGUCCCGCGGAUAUGCUCGGCGCGAUACGAGGCGACAUUGAGCCACCAUUCGAAGCGCGCGACUCCCUCGUGCAAUCCAGGUCCCUCGACGUCGCAGGCGGCGACGAGCAAACCGAGCCCCGUCAACUGGCUCGCGCGAGGGAACACGUUGCAUGUGCGGGCGCCCUGACGCCGCCCACAUAUACCGAUGUUGCGCUCGCGCGAGCCGGCAACGUCGUAGCCCUCGACGCGGUCCACCAAACACCCACGACAUCUCGCCCAGCACCUCGCCCGACGACGGUACCAGGCUCUGUGUGGGUGGAAGUGAUGGGCAAGCUCGCUCGACGACGGGCGCGCAUCGCGGCCGAGGCAUAUUCUGUUAGGGAGUGGACAAGGGCGGCGCGGAGCGCCGCCGACAAGGCGCAGAGACGUCGCCGAGCGCCUCUUCACACCGAAAAAUCCGCAAAUCGACGCGAACUGUGCCGAGGUCCGCGCGGGAACCUCUCGCUGAGCGCCACGGCUGUCGGGCAGGGGAGGAGGGGGAGGGGGGCAGCGCUCUGCGCUGCCGCCAGCGGGAACAACGUUCGAGGCUCAGAAACCCCACGCAUCGACGUCAUUUGCGCCGGAUUCCGCGCUUUCUGUACGAGCCAGGCGUCGCGAGGAGGCGGGGGCGGCGGCCAGCACGCCAGGGAUUUUCGGCCGCUUCUCAAUCCAUCAAAAUCCGCAAAUCGACGUCAAGUGUGCCGAGGUCCGCGCCUCAAGUUGUCGCUGAUCAAUGUGACCGCCGGGGAGGGGGGGAGGGGUGGCGCCCUAGCCGCUCGCAACGUCCUCACAUCAAGCACGGUCCGAGUCCUAACGAGCACCGCCCCCCACCCCCAGGCGAUGAGGCAACGUAUCGCCGUCCGGCGAGCGAGGGUAAGGGAUAUUUGGGCUUCUUGGUCUCGGAUGGGCUAUUCCUCAGCGCUUCACGGUUCCCCUACGCUCUCGAUGUGCACCCCCUACGCUCUCGAUGUGCUACCCCUUCUCACCGAUGGGCUACCCCUUUCGCCCGCGCCCACCUCGCACGCGCCCACCUCGCACGCGCAAGAAUCUGCUUCCCCUUUGGCGUUGAGGCAGUGGAUCGCCGUCCGCGGGGUGAUGAGUAUCACCCCUUGGACGCCGAGUACUCACCGCUCGGGCGAUGACUAG